CAUCCAUCUUUAUUCAUAGCUUCCAAAUUAGAAGCAUGUCUCAAUCCACAACCGGUAGAGGUAUUGCAUAUUUUAAUACCGAGAAGUUUAGCUUAAAGCAUUUUGGGUAGUGAGAGAUUUCCUUAUAUAGAUAACGUUUUCCAAUGGUUGUAUCCGAGGGGUGACAUUCCAUCAAUAGAUUUACCAAUAAUUCAAGUCUUGGUCUUAUGCAUCCACAGUUAUCCCUACACCCUAGGCUGAUCUCAAUCACUCAAACAUCUCCAGUUUUAGAUUCCUCUACAGUAUUUUUAUGUGCACAAGAUUUCUCUACAGUUAUAUAGAGAAAUAAAUCUGUGUAACGUGAUGUUGUUGUUAUUAUCCACAGUAAAGCCAUGGGCCCUACCAUUUUAUCAUGUUUCUUCAUUAUAAUUCCGCUACCCAACAAAACCCCCCGAUGUCUCUAUCUCUUUCCGUCCCUAUUUUUCUGAGGUACAUCCCUGGUGAUGAAACCAAUUUAAAGGCAAUUUUUUAAUAUAAAACUACGUAGGAUAAAAUUAGUAAAAAUAAAGAAGAUGACUCUUUUUAGUGAUCUAAUUGUGAUACGAUGGAUAUUUAAAAGCAAAACAAAACAAAAAAAAAGGAAAAAAAGGAAUUUUCUCUUUUUUUAUUUAUUUUAUUUAUUUUUUAAAGUUGUUCUAUACCGGCCUAUCUCCGGAGCAAACCAGCACGCCGUUUUCCCGUUCUAUUGCGGUCCCGUUCCCGAAAUUAAGCGUCAGGAUUGGCUCCGAACCGCCUCGCCACUCUGCCGAUCCUCCCCAGUCUUUAAAACAGAAGGAAACAAAGGGGAAAAGCUGAUACAUGUACAAACUGUUCAUCAGGAUGAGAGGAAUUUUCUUUGAUCACAAGAUCUGAAGACCUUGGGUUUAUUCUAAUGCAUGCAGCUGGUUUUCCACAGGGUUAGGUUAAAAGUAGAUUAUAAACAUGAGGUUCAAAGAAGGGAACAAGGUGGAGGUCAUGAGAAGAAAUGAGGAUCACUAUGGCUCCUGGUUUCCUGCUAAAAUUUUGUCGAUCCAUGGAGAUAAUUACAGUGUCAGAUUUGAGCUACUUCUGACAGCCAAAGGAAAGCCUGUGGUAGAGAGGGUACGCGAGGAAGAUGUUAGGCCCUGUCCACCUCCUGUACAUGCAAACGAGAGAUGGAAUGUUGGUGAGGUGGCUGAAGUGUUUGACCUCCAUUCGUGGAGGGUUGGGAAGGUUGCAAAAGUUCUGAACAACAAUCAUGUCGUCAUCAGACUCUUCGGCUCUAUCCAGCUUAGAGAAUUUCAUGUCUCCAGUCUAAGGGUUCGACAAGCUUGGCAGAACAAUCAAUGGGUUGUGACAGAAAAGGUCAGUGGAAAAAAGCAAAUCACCAGUGGCUACAACCAUGCUAACUCCAAAUAUACCAUAGGCUUAGGUUGUGAAGCAAAUGGAGGCAUGCGGGAAGAAGCUUACACCGGACAAAGAUUUGAGGAAGAUCAUUUUCGCUCAUUUUCUCCUGCAAGAACUGCAAAGAAGAAUCUGAGUUCCCGCUAUACGGUAUUACCAGAUCCUGUGGUUCAAGGUACAGGAAGGAAAAGGAAAGCAAACCCAAAAGUGGAUGGAUCUCACCAGCUAACAAAUCAAGCGCUGCCUAGAAAGGUAGAUGCUGUUCCUUCAUCAAAAGAUAUUAUGGAUGGGAAUUGCCAGCAUAUAUCCAAUAAAGACAGAACAAUUAAAUUUUCUGAUAUUGGUGUUCAGAAGGCGACGAACAGUCAUGCUUUGCAUUCAUCUUCCAUACCACUGCAAAUUAUUAAAGAGAAAAAUGAAUGCUCCAUUGCUAGUUGUAGUGGUAAUAACUUGCCAGAACAUAUUAAUGAGAAUACCAGAAAAUAUACCAUAGAAAUUCCUGGUAGUUCAUUUGAUGAUGCCAUGUCUUCGUGUCCAUCCAGAACUGGGAAAAAGAACCACCCUUUUUCUGAAGAUGAAUUAGCUGCAAACAUCCAUGAAUUAGAGCUGCAUGCAUAUCAAUCUACCGUGCAGGCUUUUUAUGCUUCAGGUCCUUUAAGUUGGGAGCAGGAAUCACUUUUAACAAAUCUUCGUCUCUCUCUUCAUAUUUCAAAUGAAGAGCAUUUACAUCAGUUGAGGCACCUGUUGUCUGCUUAAAUUUUUUGAUUCCUCCGUAAUGAUCCUUAUCUUUCAACAAGGUCAGGAAUUUUAGAAAUAUCUCUAACCUCUUUGAGGAUCAUUUCCCAAUGUACUUUGUAAAUUGUUUUGCUUUGUAGUUAAUGUAACAUUGGUUAUAAUGGCUAGAAUUUUUGUGAACUAGGAACUUCCUAUACUGUAUUGUUGUUAGCCUUUUGACAUGAUGUAUCUAAAUGUUGCCUAAGUAAUUACACUGCUUCUUGCAAUCUUUCA